UGUUGGUGUUGCAAGUGCUUUUAGGUUAAAUUACUGCGUCUUUUUUGCUCAAGGUUGAUGUGCGUGUAAAUUUCAGCAAAACAACAACAACGCAAUAGCAAGAAUGCCAACUGAAUGCGAAUUCCUUUUUUUGUUCUGAAAAUCGAUAAUUGUGCGCUUGAAAUUCCGGUUUCGUAUUAUUAUACAACACUAGAAGUUGUCGAAAGUAAAUUAAAUUGAAAAGUUUGAAUUGAAAAUAAAUAAAAAGAACUAAAAAAUUCAAAUACAUAAAUCUAUUUCGUGUGUAUUUUCGAGCUGCUACAAAAUUUUUCUCAAAAUUUCCGCUAAAAUCCAAAAGCUACUAGAAACAUCGCAAUAGAAUUUUCCACCACCACCACCACCAACAAUAGGCGGCCAGAACAACAAGAACAGCAAAAGCAAAAGCAAACUACACAGGGUGAGUGUACGGCCAGCAACAACCCCACUGCCCAGUGCCACGAAAAUUGAGCGCCGCUCACCACCCAAGAAACUACCUAAUAAAAUGAGUCAGAAAAUAGAUGCGGGAAGGGUGCAUAAAUAGCGGUUCGUACAGCAAGCGACCAAGCAGCUGUGCAAUCAAGUAAUCGCACAGUCGAAUUUCGGGCGAGCAAUCGCCACGUACAAAUUGGAGCAGUCGUUGACAGAACGGUCAAGCUCAAUAGACGAAUGAGGUGAGCAUACUGGCAGCAGCGGUCAAGCAAAACAGGCAGAGGAAGUGUGCUAAGAGCUUAAUGCGCGCAUUGGUGGUUGCUCAUACGCCACCCACACCAUUGAGAGAGGGGAAAAACGGCGCAACAGCUAAGACAGCUGUUAACAAGCAGCAGCAAAAGUGACAGUCAUAAAAUAUUCAAAUUUAAAAUAUCAAAAAUUGCGAAAUUCAUGAAAGAAAUAUUUAAAAUAAGAAAUACUAAAUAACUUGGUGAAAAUCAAUGAAAUUCAAAGUUCUGCGUAAGGCGGAGAGUUUGCGGAAAGUUUUUUAGUGCUCAUAAAAACACACAACUAUAAAAAAUACCUAUGAGUUUAUAAAAAACUAAGAACAAAUAAAAAAUUGAAAAGAUAACAAACUUAGUUUCGAAAAUUAAUAAAAUAUUUAAUAAUCAGCUUAGGCGCAAAAAUUAAUAAAAAUAAAAUAAAAGGAAAUAUGAAAAAUUGGUGAACUCUAACAUAUGGCAACAACAUUUCCAGCAAAAUAAGAAAUAUACUAACGAAAAGUCAAUUAACAAAGGCAAAACAAAGUGAGAAAAAAAACAAAAAUCUCGGAAGCAACAAGCAAUUUUCUUAUGACACAAAAUUUUACAAUAAAAAUCGAAAGUAAAAAUCAAAAAAAUAAAACGAAAUUAAUACCCGUAACUGCAAAUCUAAACUUAACGCUUUAAUAAGUGAAAUUCUUGGGGCAAUAAGCAAAAACAAUAACAAUUAAUAACAACUGCAACACACUUCAGAUCAGCACGCCAAAUAAAACAGCAGCAACAACAAUGCGCCCCACCGUAUUGUCCAAUGCGAAUGCGAGCGCCGCAGCGGGUGUUGGCGGGGGCGGCGGUAGUACAGCCGGCAACACCACCAAUGGCAUUAACAUACCCGUGCAACACGAUUUCGGCAACGGCGGCGGCGUGCACCCGCAAGCAGCCGGCUACUAUGCUGAUCCCAAUGCAGCCGCAUAUGGUUCGCCACGACAACAACAACAAUCACCACAACAACAAUCAUAUCAUGCGCAGCAGCAAGCGCCACAAGCGGCUCAACAACAACAUCCACACCAGCAAAUUCCACAACAUUUUCAGCAGGGCUUUGGUUUCGAACCGGACAUGGACAUGGAUAUGGACAUGGACAUGUUUCCACGCAGCCGCCUGGGUCGCAUGCAUGACCCAUUCGGAAGUUUCAAUAACUCACAUUUUGGCUUUCCGCAAUUCAAUUCGCUAGGACGCCGGCGUGCUGCCGACCACAUGGGUCGUGAUGAUGACUUCUUCAAUCGCCUGCCUUCCGAAUUCCGCCAAUACAUACCCGAAGGGUUUGGCCACAGCAGACGUGGUGAAAGUGCUACUUUGCCACGCCAACAUAGCUCUCAGCAUUCGCAACAGGUGCCAGUACAGGGUGGUGGACCCGCUUACUAUCAGUCAUUUGUUCCCUCCUCACCGCCCAAUGGCGUACCACAAUCGCCUUCGAAAAAGCUUUGCGAUGCCGCCAUACAAACCGAAGAUCCCAUUGUUCGUUCAGGUGGCGAUCAAGUGGACAGCGCUGCACCGCCAGCACACGGUGAUAACCUGAAGCAGCAUGGUCUGCGCAACACAGUCGACAUGGGUGUAAAGUCCGCAUUGGAGUCGGAUCAAGGUACUCGUGCACAUUCUGCGCCACCCCAAGAGCAACAGCAACAGAUCCCAGUGAAUGGUAAGCGUCAGACACCGCCGCCACAGGCUGGUCACUCGCAAUUUGGCACACAAACUAGUCCACACGUGCAGGCUGGCACCACUACUGGCCAGCAACCCCAGUUCAAUAAGGCAUACUAUGCACCACAACAACAACCACAUCCACAACAACGACAACAGACACCACCACCGCCGCAAACUCCAGGCGGCAGUUAUGUGCGCACCAUACCGAUCUUUGUCGAGGGUCGUUCCGAGCCGAUCAUUAACGCUCACAAGGAAAUACCGAAUCAAAAUAGCGCGCCUGGUCAAUCGCAGGCAACAGCCAGUGCAUCAGCCAGGGCACAUGUGCCACCACAACCCCAACAACAGCCCCAACAACACCGUCCCACUCCACUCAAUACUCAGCAACAGCAGCAGCCACAGCAACAGCAAACCGCUGCCGCUGCUGGCGUGCCACCGCAAACACCACACACGUUGGACUCGAUCAGUAAAAUUCAAGACAUUCAACGUGAUGUGCUCGAUCUCAUGGGAAAAGUUGAGAAGUUCACUGGCACACGCCAAGACAAAGAAUAUGCCUAUCUUGAUGAGAUGUUGACACGCAAUCUACUCAAGCUGGACACAAUCGACACGAACGGCAAGGACAGCAUACGUUUAGCACGCAAGGAGGCCAUCAAAUGCAUUCAGGCUUCGAUCAAUGUGCUCGAAGCGAAAGCAAACGAGAACAGCAAGGCUGCUGAACAGGCAGCAGAGGGUGGUGCACCGGCUGAAGAGCCAAUAACCGCCGCAGCUACAGAACCAGUGCAAAUGAACGAAGCUGCGACGCGAAAGAGUGCGUCGAAAGAAAAAGUCGAGGUAGUUUCAGAGACGGCUGCAGCAGAUUCCGAGGCCGAGCCGGCCGAUGCAAAACAAAUUCAAGCGCCCAUACCGUUGCCACCACCAGAAGGCAUGCAAGCAAACGAGGCAUCCGCUACCAGCGAGGCAAAUAGUACAGAGUCGAAGGAGUCCGGUGAGCCAGCUGCGGAGUCAAAAAUCGACGAAACGGCGGAAACUAACACCAGCACCAUAGCUGUGGAAGGCAAAACAACUGAGGUGUCGGCGAAGGAUGGGACUGAGUUGAGCAAAUGAUGAUUGGAGCAGCGCAUUUCCUCCGGUGCCGUGAGGUCCUCCUAUUCAACCACAUUUUUAAAGCGUUUACAUAGCAUCACCAAACGAAAGUCCUAAAAAACUUAGUUUCAUACAUCAAAAUAAAUGUAAAAUUCGUUGUGUUAGAAAUUUAACGAAAAAUUAAGAAAAAAAAACAUACUUACCUAUACGUUUUUAUUUUAUGCCACAAAACAUUUUAGAAAAUACUGAAAGGAAUGCUGCUGCUUAACGAGCGCAGUAUUUUAGAGGAAGGCAAAAAAUAUUCGCAUGAAUGCCCAAAUACGCUGAGGCCAAAACUGAAUCAGCCGGCGGAUCGGCGGGCAUUGCGUUUUGUUGUGCGAAAAUUAAUUAUAAAUAAGAAUAAAAAUAUAAUAUUUAAAAUUGAA